AUGGAACAUUACGGAGUCACACUGAUUUGCCGAUUCAACAACGAGGCUCACUCGUCGAUGGACAGGUCAGAUUCCUCUGGAAUAUUGGGGACAGCAUUUCGAGCGUUUCGGAGCCUGUAUGGUGGCAACAGCUCCAGCUCCAGCAAGGAGGGCAACUUGAAAUUAUGCUCGGCCGGCCCAAAUAUCGGAACAUCGUUGAAAGCGCCCAGUGUCGGCUGGUUUCCACUCGUCUUCCGUGGUCUCGUCGACUCCAGAGUUACCCUCCCUUCGUCCACUACCGACAAUGCCCAACAAAUCGAUCCGUCAACAGAGAGCCUGGCAGGAACUUCGGUUUCGGUGUGCAAUGUACAUGGCUCAUUGCACACUCUACAACGAGGCGCUCCGCCAUCGAGAAAGAAGGAAUCAUCUUGCCGCUCUAAAGGCGUAGCCAAGAAGACAUCUGGCACAACGUCACGAGCGGGGCACCAGUCAACUCGUAGGCUGGAUCAUCUGAACAAAGAAAGAGACUUCGACUCAGACGACGGCGACGACGACGACGACGAAGACGAAUGCCCUGGAAACCCACCCGGAGAAAAGUCAGCAGGCGACUCACGGGCUUGGGCCUGUCCUUUUUACAAGUUAUCUCCAUCCUCUUACACGAACUGUAUGCAUCUCAAGUUGAUGCGGAUCCGAGACGUUCGGCAACAUAUCCAACGACGACACUUGCAGGGCUUGCCCUGUCCCGUCUGUUACGAGGUCUUCUCCUCCUGUCUGGCGCGCGACGAACACAUCCGGUCCAGGUCCUGCGAGCUCUCACCUCAUGCCAAGACCAGCAACCCCGAAGGUGUCUCGCCAGAGAGGCUGGAGCUCUUGAAAAUCCGUCACGACCGCACUCUGUCCCCAUUCGGACAAUGGUACAAGAUCUGGAACAUCCUCUUUGAGAACAAGCCAAAACCAGAGAGUCCUUAUAUCAGACCUGUGGUCGAAGAGACCGUGGGGAUGAUACAAGACUUUUGGAAAAAGGAGGCGCAUAGAAUCGUUCCGGCUGUCCUCGAUGGCCAACCAUUGCACGUUAGAGAUGACUGCAAUUUUUUACCGAUUCUCACGGAUAUGCUGAACGAGGUCCAGAGCCGGUUUGAUCAGAGGGUCCAGGAGACUCCGUCUGCCGGGACAGAGAACGAUGCCGGGACGGAGAACGAUACUGGCAAUUGCCAAGACGUCGUCCCGGCCCAAUACUCAAUGAUGUCUCCUUGGAUGCAAGGCCCCGCUUCGGUUUCACAAUCAAGCCAUAGUAGUGGUGUGCUUAGUAUCCCUCAGACCUCACCAACAACGCCGACUCGAGAGGAUUACCAACCCUAUCUUCUUUCCUCGGCACCCAAUCUCGACGAUCCUCUGGUAGGGCAGCAGCUCAUGCCCUUCAAUCAAGACGAACUGCUUGGAAUGCCCCUGUAUCAAGAGAACGAUUUCCCCUCAGAAUUCAUCGAAUUUGACUGGAUUGGUGAACCGUUGCCUUGGGGUCCGUCCUCGGCAAGUUUACACGAAACUCAUACAAACACACUUCAAUAA